AUGUUUAAAUGUGAUUAUUGUUGUUCACGUCCAUCAUCUUUAGAAAUCGUUUGUUUAAAAUGUAGCCCUUCACGUUCAAUAAAUAUUUGUUUUAAAUGUUCACUGAAUGUUAAUCAAUUACGAGAACAUGCUAAACAACAUCCAUUAUCAACAUAUAAAUUAACUGAUAUUCCAUUGGAUUGUAAUAUAAUGAGUGAAUGGUUGUGUACAGAUGAAAUAAAUUUAAUUGAAAUAAUUGAAUCAUGUGGUUUAGGAAAUUGGAUAGAUAUUGGAUUAAAAAUGUCGAAAAAUUCACUGGAUUGUCAAAAUCAUUUUGAAGAUAUUUAUUUAUCACGUUUAACAAAUCCAUAUUAUAUUUAUUUUCAAUCAUUUAAAAAUUCAAAAAAAUUAAUUGGAGAAGAUUUAAUUAAUGAUAAAGAUUAUAAAAAUCAAUCAUUAAUAUAUCCACCAUUAUUAAUUGAUAAUGAUAAACAAAAAUUAUUAACAUAUAUGCCACAACGAGAUGAAUAUGAAAGAGAAUAUUUAAAUGAAGCAGAAAAUCGUUUACCGAUUUUAAAUAAUGAUGAUCAACAAUUAAAUGAUCAACAAGAACAAGAUGGUUCAAGAAUAUUAUUAAAUAAAGCUAAAUUAGCACUUUUACGUUCUUAUAAACAAGUUAUUCAAAGACGAUUACAAUUAAAACAUUUUAUUAGAGAUUAUGCUUUACCAUUUAAUUAUUUACCUGAUCAACAAAUGGAACUUCAUCAAAUUAGUCGAUUUCUUUCUGCUGAUGAAUAUGAAAGACUUAUUUUCAAUCAUAAACGUAUUCAAAGUUUAUUAGAAGAACUUGGUUGUUCAACAUCUUCAAAUGGUCAUAAUGAUCAAUCUCAAUCAAGAAAAAGAUCUCCAAUAUUAAAUAAUGAAAAACGUCGUCGUCGACCUCCGUUAGUUAAAUCUAAUAAUAUAAAACAAGAAAAAAACAUGAAAUUAUUUUUCAAUAGAUCAAUCGUUGUUGAUGAAUCAUCGUCAUGUUCAUCGACGAAUUCUUCGUUAUCAUCAAAUGAAAAUAGUUCAAAUCUAUCGAUAUCAUCAAGUAAUCCAAGUGAUGAAUUAAUUUUAAAAAGAAAUUCAAAUAUAAAACGUCGUUCUGUACGACGUGUAUCCUCCUCAUCAUCAACAAAUACAUCUUCGAAAACAACAAAUAUUAAAGAACCACUUUAUACACGAAGAAGAGUUAAUCAAACAGAUAAUCAGAGUAUGACACAAAGAACGACACGUUCGACGGGAAAUAUUCUAACAACAUCGGAUAUAAGUUGGGAUUCAACUGAUGAUGAAGUAAAUCAAUUGUCAAAUUCAAAUUAUCAUGAUCAACAAUCAACUGUUGCUUCAAGAACAAGAAGUCAUACACCACCACAACAUUCACAUGAGAGAAAACACAUAAGAAAUUCUCCAAAUAAUAAAAAAUUAAAUAAUCAUACAAAUGGUUUAACAAAAUUUGAUCCAUCGGAUCAAUCAACACCUAAAAUGAAUCGAAUGUUAACACGACAUCAACUUGUUGUUCAACAAACAUCACCUAAUAAAAAACGAAAAUUAAAUUCAAAUUCAAACGAUGAAGAAUUUAUUGACAUUUAA